CAACAGCUGCUCCAACAACAACAACAGCUGCCCCAACAACAACCACAGCUGCUCCAACAACAACCACAGCUGCUCCAACAACAACAACAGCUGCUCCAACAACAACCACAGCUGCUCCAACAACAGCUGCCCCAGCAACAACCACAGCUGCCCCAACAACAACCACAGCUGCACCAACAACAACCACAGCUGCUCCAGCAACAGCUGCCCCAACAACAACCACAGCUGCCCCAACAACAACCACAGCUACUCCAACAACAACAGCUACACCAACAACAACCACAGCUGCUCCAACAACAACCACAGCUGCUCCAACAACAACCACAGCUGCUCCAACAACAACAACAGCUGCUCCAACAACCACAGCUGUUCCAACAACAACCACAGCUGCACCAACAACAACCACAGCUUCUCUUACAACAACAACAGCUGCCCCAACAACAACCACAGCUGCACCAACAACAACCACAGCUGCUCCAACAACAACAACAGCCGCACCAACAACAACCACAGCUGCCCCAACAACAACCACAGCUGCUCCAACAACAACCACAGCUGCUCCAACAACAACAACAGCCGCACCAACAACAACCACAGCUGCCCCAACAGCAACCACAGCUGCCCCAACAACAACCACAGCUGCUCCAACAACAACCACAGCUGCUCCAACAACAACAACAGCUGCCCCAACAACAACCACAGCUGCCCAAACAACAACCACAGCUGCUCCAACAACAACAACAGCUGCACCAACAACAACCACAGCUGCUCCAACAACAGCAACAGCUGCACCAACAACAACCACAGCUACUCCAACAACAACAACCACAGCUGCUCCAACAACAACCACAGCUGCUCCAACAACAACCACAGCUGCUCCAACAACAACAGCUGCCCCAACAACAACCACAGCUGCCCCAACAACAACCACAGCUGCUCCAACAACAACAACAGCUGCACCAACAACAACCACAGCUGCUCCAACAACAGCAACAGCUGCACCAACAACAACCACAGCUACUCCAACAACAACCACAGCUGCUCCAACAACAACCACAGCUGCUCCAACAACAACCACAGCUGCCCCAACAACAACCACAGCUGCUCCAACAACAACCACAGCUGCACCAACAACAACCACAGCUGCUCCAACAACAACAGCUGCCCCAACAACAACCACAGCUGCCCCAACAACAACCACAGCUGCCCCAACAACAACAACAGCUGCUCCAACAACAACAGCUGCACCAACAACAACAACAGCUGCUCCAACAACAACCACAGCUGCCCCAACAACAACAACAGCUGCUCCAACAACAACAACAGCCGCACCAACAACAACCACAGCUGCCCCAACAACAACCACAGCUGCCCCAACAACAACCACAGCUGCUCCAACAACAACCACAGCUGCUCCAACAACAACAGCUGCCCCAACAACAACCACAGCUGCCCCAACAACAACCACAGCCUCUCCAACAACAACAACAGCUGCACCAACAACAACCACAGCUGCUCCAACAACAGCAACAGCUGCACCAACAACAACCACAGCUACUCCAACAACAACCACAGCUGCUCCAACAACAACAACAGCUGCACCAACAACAACCACAGCUGCUCCAACAACAACAACAGCUGCACCAACAACAACCACAGCUGCUCCAACAACAACAUUUGCACCAACAACCACAGCUGCUCCAACAACAACAGCUGCCCCAACAACAACCACAGCUGCCCCAACAACAACCACAGCUGCUCCAACAACAACAACAGCUGCACCAACAACAACCACAGCUGCUCCAACAACAACCACAGCUGCUCCAACAACAACCACAGCUGCUCCAACAACAACCACAGCUGCUCCAA